UUUCAAUGUGGGUAGGAAUAUUUGUUUCGUGAGAGGAAAACUAUGACUCUGUAAUGUUCUGUGACCUUUGAGGUGUUCACUCAGUCGGGUGCUGGUCUCCUCAAUGCCCCCGUUCGAAGUUUACCUUCAGCUGGGUUGUAGAAGAGUGCCGACGUAAUGGUCGUGUCUAGGAUAGAGAAAUCAUGGUAUGUAGUUGAUAUGAAUUUUCAGCUUGUGAUGAGUUGUCAACCAUCUGCAUUGGAAGAAGAGGUUUGAGAUGGCUUUGAUAGGGAUCAAUACGACUCUUCAUGCCGUUCUGUUCGAUGAUAUCUUAUCAGUGAAUUUCUACAGCUCUUUUCCAGGGAAAUCAUUGCGGAAUCGAGCUUCAUUAGUGCCAGGGUCCAACUCGGAAGUCAUUGGAACGUCUCUUUGUUCAUUGGCAUCUCUGAGUUCUUCUUGUAACUCUCAUCCUCUGGACACGCCAGCGUUAACAAAUGGGGCAGCAGUGGAUGGGCAGGGAGUUUUGGACCUGGACUUGAAGAGUAUGACAGAUGAGCGAGAAGAGGUGAAAACCAUGCUCGUUGAAUUCCUCCAGGCUCGGGGUGUAAAUGGUUCGCUUUCCGUUCGUGCAGUAAAAAAAUCAACUCGACUAACUUCUCACCUUCUAUCCCUCUUGCGCAUGGUUUUUCGCAUGCGCUAUCUUGCAGGGAAAGCGGUAACAGGAUCAGAAAUUAGAAAGUCCUUAUUACCUUUCUUAGAGACGCUUGGAGCACAACACGAGGAGGGGCUAGUGGAAGUAUUUAUGUGCUUUCCAGAUGCACCGUCAAUGAAGCCAAGGGAGGAAAGCUUAUACUAUUUUGGGGACUCUUUUACGUCACCAAUUCUUGGAGAGGUUAAGUUCGGUAAUUUUCCCCAACUCCAAGCACAUAUGGUAAAUGGAAAACUUCCACUGUCAGUGGUAUAUCUCCUUGAGUUAGGAUUCCCUCCUCCUGAAGUUGCAGAUGUUGUGUCACGGUUCCCAGCUAUUGCAAGCUAUAGUGUGGAAGGAAAGGUGAAGCCCAUAAUUGAGCUCUUGCUUGGCAUGGGAGUCCUUGCCACCGACAUCCCCAAAAUUAUCUUGAGAAGACCUCAGCUCUUCGGGUGCAGUUUGGAAGAGAAUAUAAAGCCUACUGUUGCUUUACUGGAGGGACUUGGAGUGGAUUCAGAGGGCUGGAUAAAAAUACUCUCGCAGUUUCCACAUCUUUUAACCUACAGCUUCGGGAAGGUUCAACAGGUGGUGCAGUUUCUUGCUGAUAUAGGGCUGUCUCCUAAAGAGUCAGGCAAGGUGCUUAUAAGGUUUCCUCAAAUGAUCGGAUAUAGUGUCAAGGCAAAGCUUAAACCGUUUGCGGACUAUUUCAACAGCAUUGGGAUUGUUGACUUGAAGAAUCUGGUUGUCCGGUCUCCCCAAGCACUCGGGCUGAGUCUUGAGCUCAACAUCAAACCUACAAUUCUUUUCUUUUCAGACAAUGGCUAUACAAUGGAAGAGCUCAGUAUAACAAUACUUCGAUUUCCGCAACUGUUAGGGCUAAGUACACAGGGUAAUAUAAGGCCCAAAUGGGAGUUUUUUGUGGAAAUGGGUCGAGCUAAUUCGGAGUUGGUUGAUUUCCCGCAGUAUUUUGGCUAUAGUUUAGAAAAACGCAUCAAACCUAGGUUCAGAGCUCUUGAGCAGAGAGGCGUCAGUUGGUCCCUAAACCGAAUGCUUAGCAUGACAGACGUUUUAUUUUUUAAACAUUUGGAAAAGGAAAAAGAAAUAGCUGGCCUCGUUCAAAAUAUUAGUAUAAGAGACUCCGAUGACUGCCUUUAGUUGUGACGUUGCCGGGCCCUUCUAUGUUUUAAGAGCGACUUCCAGUUAGUAAUUUCAUCAAUUUAAAGCUAAUUCCUCUGCUCUGUCAUUCGUGUGGUAGACUGUCACACGUACCUUGCUGAGAUGAUUACGAUGUUCAGUUA